UCCAUAUCCUCCGAUUGUUGCAUCUUUAGAGUUCCUAAACGACUCCGAGAGUUAAAUGAAAAGGCCUACUCCUCGGGUAGUCUCUAUCGGUCCACUGCACCAUGACAACGAGGACCUCCGAGCCAUGGAAUUGCCCAAACUGCGUUACCUCAAAAACUUUUUACUGAGGACCAAUGUGAGCAUGGAGGACUAUCUCAAUCUUCUGAAGGGGAGAGAAGAAAGACUUCGCAACUCUUACGGAGAGCCCAUCAAACUUACAAGUAAUGAGUUUCUGGAAAUGAUUCUGGUGGAUGCAGCUUUCGUCAUUGAGUUAAUGUUGAUGUAUUCCCCAAGCAUGGCAAAUUAUAAUGGGUAUCACUUUAUACUUGGUAACCGGUCGAUGAUUAAAGAUGUCAUGUAUGAUAUAUUACUACUUGAAAAUCAGCUUCCAUUUUUCCUCUUGGAGGAGCUCUUUCGCAAGGCCAGAAUCAUCAUUCCUCCGGAACAUGAUGGGAUACUUUCUCUAAUUAGGCUUACCCAUCACGUCUUCCAAACGCAGGCAUAUUUGGAGAACGUAGGUCUGCCUCUAGGAAAAAUAUGCUUAUCUGAAAUAGAACAUUUUGUUCAUUUCAUAAGAAUUUGUCAUCUACCACAGACCCUACCACCCAAAGGAAAACUAAGAACUGUAAGCAUACCCAGUGCAACACAGCUGCAUCAGACUGGGGUCAAAUUUAAGGUUGCAUCAACUGGAAACCUCUAUGACUUAAGAUUCAAAAAUGGAGUUCUGGAGAUUCCACAUUUUCGAGUUCGUCGUUCAACAGAGUCCCUUUUUGGUAACCUCAUUACCUUUGAGCAGUGCCGUUUUGAUGCUGAUUACAUCAGUGACUAUCUAUUUGUCAUGGAUCGUCUCAUUCAAACUCAAAAUGAUGUGGAAUCACUUGUUCGGAAUGGAAUCAUCGAAAACAAGCUACCGGACAGCCAAGGCGUGGUGACUUUCAUUAAACACCUAGGCCCAGGAACACUCAUGAGUAGUAAAUAUUUCUAUUUUACUGAUGUUUGUGAAGACUUGAAUGCUCACUGCAAUGUCCUUUGGAAUAAGUGGAAGGCAACCUUGAGGGAAGAUUACUUCAGUUCUCCAUGGGCUGUCCUUUCUAUUACCGCAGCCGGUACUCUUCUCUUACUCACUUCCAUUCAAACAGUGUGUUCUAUCAUUUCUCUAUAGGGCAGUGAUUUUUAUUUCAACCUUAA